AUGCUACCCUGGGAGCCUCACAGCCCAAAGACCUCAUCCCGACCGCCAUCCACCACAGCACCCAACCAGGACUCAACCUGGACUGAAGUGAUAACUCGAACUAGGAAAACCAAUAACACCAUCCCCUGGAACCCGGCCGGGCCUACCUCAACCUCCACGCCAAGCAAUCCACUGCUCCGGUCCGAGAUCCUCGCCGGCAGUGGGACGGAUCCCUCAAACGGUGCCUCCACAGUCCGGUUGGCCCUCUCUAACCGCUUCGCGGCCCUUAUGCAUCCUCCUAAGCCCGACAGCACCAGCCCGAACCAGCCCCCUCUCCGCGGUGACGUGGCGGCGUACUCUACAUCGGCUGCCGGAGCUCCCAUGGCUCCUACACGGCCACCCGGCGGAGCCCCCGGACCUUCGUUCUCGUCCACCGAUGUCUCCGCGGUGUGCUGGCCCGACGAUCUUCUGGCGACCAGCUCCCGGGCGUCACCGGGCGCUGGUGGGAAGAACACCUCCCUGCCGGCAUGCAGAGGGAUUCCCGAGUGGCCUGGCACUGGCGGAAGGGACCCCUCUCCGUCGGUGCCUGGUCGUGCUCGGUCUCCAAGGAACCGCCUGGACCACCGCUCUGAGAGCCGGACCGCGUCCUCAGCCGCCCGCAGGAGGUUUCUCCAAGAGGCAGUCCGACGGAACUCCGCUGGGCCCGCCACCGCCGCCCCGGACCGAAAUGGCAGACCAUCCCCGCUGCCGCAGGCGUCCACCGCACCGCUGAUUCCUCGCAGCCCGGCCAUCAGCUCCACUUCGAGUUCAGGAGCCAUGCAACCCCCGCCGCUGUUCCCACCCACCACCUUGAUCGUCGGUGACAGUAUCACACGAGGUAUCCGUUUUUUCAACGCCAUUACUCGUUCCUUCCCCAGUGCAACUGUCGUCGACAUCACUUCAAAACUCCCCGGUCUUCUCCAGUCACUCCCUCCCUCUAUCCACCGCAUCAUUGUUCACAUCGGCACCAACGACACGGCUCACAAACAAUCUGAACUGACCAAAAGGGACUUCAAAUCACUUCUCCACAUCCUUCAGUGCAGCGGCAAAUCUGUUUUUAUAAGUGGUCCGCUACCAACGCUAACACAUAGCAUUGAUCGUUUUAGCCGCCUCCUCAGCCUGAACUCCUGGCUUCGAUCAUUCUGCAGCACCUCCUCCACCCACUUCAUUGACAAUUUUAAUCUGUUCUGGAACCGAUCCCCAUUCUUCUCCCAUGACGGACUUCACCCAAACAAACUGGGCUAUUACACACUCACCGCUAAUAUCCAACACCAUAUUCACACCAACUGA